CUCCUCGGACUGGACCUCCGGCAACCACUUUUGUAAGGUGGGAUGGACAGCACAGUCUCAGGCACAGCCAGGAAUGGAGAGACAAAAGCAAUGUGUCCAGUCAUGGAAAAGGCGGAGGAAAACAGCACGCUGGAGCGGGAGCACUGGAACAACAAGAUGGAGUUUGUCCUGUCUGUGGUUGGGGAGAUCGUUGGCUUAGGCAAUGUUUGGAGAUUUCCUUAUCUGUGCUACAAAAACGGGGGAGGCGCCUUCUUCAUCCCCUACCUCAUCUUCCUCUUCACCUGUGGCAUUCCCGUCUUCCUCUUGGAGACAGCGCUGGGCCAGUACACCAGCCAGGGUGGCAUCACAGCCUGGAGGAAGAUCUGUCCCAUCUUUGAGGGCAUCGGCUAUGCCUCCCAGAUGAUUGUCAUCCUCCUCAACAUCUACUACAUCAUCGUCCUGGCUUGGGCCCUCUUCUACCUCUUCAGCAGCUUCACUGUCGACCUCCCCUGGGGAAGCUGUCACCAUGAGUGGAAUACAGAGCAUUGUGUGGAGUUCCAGAAGGCGAACGGCUCCCUGAAUGUCACCUCUGAGAACGCCACCUCCCCGGUCAUCGAGUUCUGGGAGAGGAGGGUCCUGAAGAUCUCCGAUGGCAUCCAGCACCUGGGGGCUGUGCGCUGGGAGCUGGCCCUGUGCCUCCUGCUCGCCUGGGUCAUCUGCUACUUCUGCAUCUGGAAGGGUGUCAAGUCCACAGGCAAGGUGGUGUACUUCACAGCCACAUUCCCUUACCUCAUGCUGGUGGUCCUGCUGAUUCGUGGGGUCACACUGCCUGGAGCGGCCCAAGGAAUUCAGUUUUACCUGUACCCAAACCUCACCCGCCUGUGGGACCCCCAGGUGUGGAUGGACGCAGGCACUCAGAUCUUCUUCUCCUUUGCCAUCUGUCUAGGCUGCCUGACGGCCCUGGGCAGCUACAACAAGUUCCACAACAACUGCUACCGGGACUGCCUGGCCCUCUGUCUUCUCAACAGCGGCACCAGCUUCGUGGCCGGCUUCGCCAUCUUCUCCAUCCUGGGCUUCAUGGCUCAGGAGCAGGGCGUGCCCAUUUCCGAGGUGGCUGAAUCAGGGCCCGGCCUGGCUUUUAUCGCCUAUCCCCGGGCUGUGGCGAUGCUGCCCUUCUCUCCGCUCUGGGCCUGCUGCUUCUUCUUCAUGGUUGUUCUCCUAGGACUGGACAGCCAGUUUGUGUGUGUAGAAAGCCUGGUGACAGCGCUGGUGGACAUGUACCCCAACGUGUUCCGCAAGAAGAACCGGAGGGAGCUGCUCAUCCUGGCCGUGUCCAUCCUCUCCUUCCUUGCUGGCCUGCUCAUGCUCACGGAGGGCGGCAUGUACGUAUUUCAGCUCUUUGACUACUAUGCGGCCAGCGGUAUGUGCCUGCUCUUCGUGGCCAUCUUUGAGUCCAUCUGCGUGGCUUGGGUCUAUGGAGCUGGGCGCUUCUACAACAACAUACAGGAUAUGAUCGGGUACCGGCCAUGGCCGCUUGUCAAAUACUGUUGGCUCUUCUUUACCCCGGCUGUGUGCACGGGCACCUUCCUUUUCUCCUUGAUCAAGUACAAGCCCCUGACCUACAACAAGAAGUACACUUACCCUUGGUGGGGCGACGCCCUGGGCUGGCUCCUGGCCCUCUCGUCCAUGGUCUGCAUUCCAGCCUGGGGCCUGUACAAACUCAGCACCCUCAAGGGCCCCUUGAGAGAGAGACUCCGCCAGCUCGUGUGCCCAGCUGAGGACCUGGCCCAGCGGAACCAAGCAGGAGCCCCUGCCUCUGCUGUGCCCAGGACAUCACUUCUUAAACUCACAGAGUUGGAGUGUCAGUGCUAGGGGCAGGGGCCCCUGGCUGUGAGUGAGUGUGUG